GUCAGGCGCCGCGGGAACCGCUUCCUGUUGUCAGUAGUCCGGAGGCCGCAGCGUCCGGUCGGAGUCUUAGGGGCUGCAGCGACCGGGAGUGCCCCCGCCCCCCUCCCCACUCCGUUUGAAGUGAAAUUGGAUGUUUGCAGAAGCCCAGGCAGUAUAAUAAAGAAAAGCAACCAGAACAAUUCCUUCCUGUGUGUUGGAACAUUUAAGAAAGGACAGCUGUGAAACCUGUGUACCAUGGAAAGGAUGUGGCCUCAGCUGGUUGGGACUACAGACCUGAUGGGUGUCAUGUGAUUCUUCUGGGGAGCUGCUGCUUGAGUGGAAAUGCUCUCAGCGGUGGAGAAUGGACUGGACCCCCGGGCUGCCAUCCCGGUCAUCAAGAAGAAGCUAGUGGGCUCCGUGAAGGCACUGCAGAAGCAGUACGUGUCCUUGGACACAGCAGUCACAAGUGAAGACGGAGAUGCCAACAGCAUGUGCAGUGCCCUGGAAGCCGUCUUCAUCCACGGCCUGCACACCAAGCACAUCCGAGCCGAGGCCGGAGGGAAAAGGAAGAAAAGUGCCCACCAGAAGCCUCUGCCUCAGCCCGUCUUCUGGCCCCUCCUGAAAGCUGUCACCCACAAACACAUCAUCUCGGAAUUGGAGCACCUGAUCUUCGUGAGCACAGACGUGGGCCGCUGCCGGGCCUGGCUGCGGCUGGCCCUCAAUGACGGCCUGAUGGAGUGCUACCUGAAGCUGCUGCUGCAGGAGCAGGCCCGCCUGUGCGAGUACUACCAGCCCACGGCCCUGCUCCGUGACGCCGAGGAGGGCGAGUUCCUCCUGAGCUUCCUGCAGGGCCUGACGUCCCUGUCCUUUGAGCUCUCCUACAAGUCUGCCAUCCUAAACGAGUGGACGCUCACCCCGCUGGCCCUCUCCGGGCUCUGCCCGCUCUCGGAGCUCGACCCCCUCACUACCUCCGGAGUGGAACUACAGCGGAAGGAGUCUCUGGAUUCCAUCUCCCAUUCCUCAGGCUCGGAGGACAUCGAGGUCCAGCACUCGGGCCAUAAGAUCCGACGGAACAGGGGGCUCACGGCCUCCUCCCUCAGUCUGGACACGGCCAGUUCAUCCCAGCUCUCUUGCAGCCUCAACUCUGACAGCUGCCUGCUCCAAGAGAAUGGCUCCAAGAGUCCAGACCGUUCCGAGGAGCCCAUGUCCUGCGACUCAGACCUGGGGAUGGCAAAUGCUGACGAUUCGGACCUGUCUCUGCAAGAGGUGUUGUCGGAAUUCAGCAAAGCCCAGGUGAACUCUGUGCCAACCGACAGACUGAGCCACGAAGCGGAGGUUCCCACGCUGCAGGCCUUGCUCGCCCUCCACGGCCUGGACACCAGCACACCCCUGCGCCUUGAGGUACCUGCAGAGCCCCGCCCCGCCCAAGCAUCCCCGGGGACUCGAGAUGGGGACCACAAGCAGGAGCCGCUUUCCCAGGCACCUGGCGCCCUGGGCUGGCCACAGCCGGGCAGUGCCCAAGCUGUCCCUUGGGGGAGCACUUCAGGCCAGCAGCCUCCUAGUCCGGUGAGGGAGGCGACCAGAGCAGUCGGCCAAGGAAGUGGCCAGCGGAAGCCUCCGGAGGAUGAUGGACCUCGACUGAGCCUUGUGGUCCCCUCGCCCACCAGUCCGAAAAGCACGAGCUGGAUCUCAGAAGAUGACUUCUACCGGCCUCCCCAGGAACAGCCCGCAGAGAGUCCUUCCCAUGCUUCCGUGGCUUCUCCCAGAGGGACUCCAGAGCCGAGGCCUGGUCUCCUCACGCAAGGACCAAGAAGAAGCUGUUCCAUGGAGACCUUAGACAAAGUUUGUGUGCCUUCCCUAGGAAGCAGGAGAAGCAAGGCCGCCCCGAUGCCGGAGCAUAAGAACUUCAGGGUGGUGCACCGCAGGCAGAUGGGGCUGUCUAACCCAUUCCGGGGGCUUCUGAAGCUGGGCACGGUGGAGCGGCGGGGGGCCAUGGGCAUCUGGAAGGAACUCUUCUGCGAGCUCUCCCCGCUGGAGUUGCGCCUCUACCUGAGCGGCGAGGAGCGCACCUGCGUGGAGAACUGCUCUCUGCUGCGCUGUGAGUCCGUGGGCCCGGCCCACAGCGACGGCCGCUUCGAGCUGGUCUUCUCGGGCAAGAAGCUGACCCUGCGCUCCUCAUGCCGCGAUGAAGCCGAGGACUGGCUGGACCGUGUGCGCGAGGCGCUGCAGAAGUGCCGGCGGCCCCAGCAAGAGGAGGAGUGGGUGACCAUCCAGUACCCAGACCAGCCCGAGGACCCUCCAGAGGCCCCCCAGGGUGGCCGCCCCUCCCACUCGGACCUGCUCUCGGAGCCUGAAACCCCCCAGGGCCCGCAGUUUGACUGGUCUUCUUCCCAGGUUCCCGAGCCAGACGCUAUUAAGGAAUCCCUUCUGUACCUGUACACAGACCGGACCUGGAUGCCCUGUAUCUUCUCCCUGUCCUUGGAGUCUCUGAAGUGCUUCCGCGUGAGAAACAAUGAGAAGAUGUUAAGUGACAGCCAUGGAGUCGAGACCAUCCGAGAUAUCCUGCCGGACACGAGCCUUGGGGGCCCAUCCUUCUUCAAAAUCAUCACGGCCAAGGCCGUCCUGAAGCUGCAGGCCGGGAACGCUGAGGAGGCCGCCCUGUGGAGGGACCUGGUGCGCAAGGUCCUGGCGUCCUACCUGGAGACAGCUGAGGAGGCGGUGACACUCGGUGGGAGUCUGGAUGAAAACUGUCAGGAGGUGCUGAAGUUCGCCACGCGGGAGAACGGCUUCCUGCUGCAGUACCUGGUGGCCAUCCCCACGGAGAAAGGCCUCGACUCCCAGGGCUGCUUCUGUGCAGGCUGCUCCCGGCAGAUCGGCUUCUCAUUUGUACGGCCCAAGCUCUGUGCCUUCUCUGGCCUCUACUACUGUGACAUCUGCCAUCAAGACGAUGCCUCAGUGAUCCCGGCCAGGAUCAUCCACAACUGGGACCUCACCAAGCGCCCGGUGCUCACCAGAUGGCCCUCCUAUCUCACCCUCGCUGCCUGGUGGUGUCCCCAGGUCUGCAGGCAGGCCCUGAAGUUCCUGACGCGGAUCCGGGCCCAGCCCCUCAUCAACCUGCAGCUGGUGAACGCGUCUCUGUACGAGCACGUAGAGCGGAUGCACCUCAUCGGUAGGAGCCGGGAGCAGCUGAAGCUCCUGGGGGAUUACCUGGGCCUGUGCCGAAGCGGAGCCCUGAAGGAGUUGAGCAAGAGGGCCCAGAAGGACAGAAAGCCCUUUGGGGGCCACCGUGAGGGACCUGAAAGCCUGCUUCUGGGAAGGCUCUUUCUGUCUCCAUAAUCAGCUGAGUGCCUGGGUCCCUACUCACUCCCAUCCUUCCUGAGAUUCCAGGAGCCAGGGCUCCAGAGUCUGCCCUCCUGCCCCUCUGUCCAGGUCAAGUGGGACCCUGUCACCCUCCCCGGUCCAGGGUUCUCUGCAGACUGAGAAGACCAGGUGCCCGUAGGGUGGGUCCUGGGUGCCGGCCUCAUUCACCCAUCCCUGCCGUGCUGAGAUUGUUUGGUCAGCAGCCUUACUGGCCUGUCCGGGCUGCCCUGCCUGGGCACUGGGGACAGUCCUGCCUCUUUCUCUGUGGCCCUGCUGUUCCCAUCCUUGGGCGGCAGCGCUGCACACGGUGCCCAGGGCCAGGCCUGUGGAAGUCCCAUUUCAGAAGCAGCGUGGGGCGGGGGAAAGAGUCCAGGCGCAGCCUCCGCCUGGCCCCAGAUCCACUGUGUGACUCAGGGAAGUUGCUUCACUUCUCUGAGCUCCAGCUUUCUUGUCUGUAAAAUGGGCCAGUGAUCCCUGUGUUGACGUGGCUUCCCAGAGUUGUGGUGAGGGCCACAUGAGGGGAUCAGUGUCUGGGGUGGGACAGGGACAGGUGGACAAAUGGCCCUGGGUCAGGGCGGCGUGUGCCAUGAAGAAGGAAGGAAGGGCCAGGGGAGCUCCCGGAGGAGGUGGCAUCAGUUGAGGGUUUGUGAAGUUCAUUUCUUUUGUUCUUUUAAAAAGAAAAAGUGCUUUUCUUUUUCUUCUUUACAAAGAUAGUAUUCAAAUAGUAUGAAAGAGAGUCAAGCAGAAAGUUGGGAUCCCCCUUCUCUAGUCUGGCCACCAUCAGUUCUGUUAGAUGCUCCAGACCCCUCUUGGUCCUCACACAGGAGAACAGAGUUGCCACCACACAAACGGCAUCACGUGUGUAGUGAACUGGGGUUCAGCAAAAGAAGCAGAGAAGAAAGCAGAAGGGAGGGCCCGCUUUCCUGGCUAAGGGAACCCACGGCAUGGAGGCGGGACAGGAGCACGGCUCGCCAGGGCCUUCGGGGGACUCAGGGCAGCCAGGUGGUGGGUCAGGGGCCAGACCUCGAAGGUCCCCUGUGCCACAGCAAAGGCGUCUGGAUUUUAUGCUGCUGGCCUUGGGGAGCUGUUGAGGGGUUUUGAGCAAGGGAUGGUCACGUUCAGUCAGGAGUUUAGGAAAGACCAGUUUAGCAGCAGUGGAGCGUGGGUGCUGGUGUAGGAAUUGGCCCAGGAGGUGAGGAGGCCUGGACUGAGUCAGCCAGAGUGAAGGGUGAGAGGACGGGAAGGGCUGAGGAGAAACAGGCAGGUUUUGGAUGUGGGAUCCCCUUUCUCUCAAGGGGCUGCCCUGGCAAAGGGUCUCCUCCCUGACCUCAUCUCCCCCAACAGUUGUACGGCCUCACUUGAGGGUAUGACAGACCCAGGAUAGGUGGCUCGUAGGGAAGGCCCUGGGCCUGGCUGGCCCCCUGGGCUUCCACGACUGUGGGCAGGGGACUCUCCAUCCAAAUCAUCCCCACCCUUCCUGCCGGCGCAGCAGCAGCCUGUGCACCCCGCACCGCCUGCAUUUUCCUGGUGAUAAACGGCAGCGUCCUGUUCCCAGAAAGCUGGAAGUUUACUGGGGAGACCAGCACGUUGAGCUGAGUGGCCGCAUCCUCACCCCACGCAGCACAGCCUGGCCUGCCUGCCUGCCUGGUGGAACUUGCCAUCUCGGCCCCGGGUGGGGUCCCCCCUGGACCACAGCUGAGGCCACGGGGUGGGCAAAGGCAAGCACCCACUCCAGAUGCCGCAGGGCCUGGCACCUUCCCGCCUCCAGGUGUCCAGAGCAUCCUGGGGCAGGUUCCCACGCUUCCUCAGACUGGGAGAAUUCUCCCCCCAACCCCAGUACCGACACAGACACACAGCAAGGCUAGACAAGUUUUUGUACCAGGCGAAUUUCUGCAGGUGUUUCCUCUCCAUCUCUCAGGAUGUGACCCUUGGGAUCUGUGCCAUUGGUGAGGUGGAAACUAGAGCUGGGUUGGCAGCUGAGCUCUCGUCCUCUGCCUCCCCCACCCCCCGCCCUCCCCCAUCUCUGAAAUGGGAUCUGCUGCACUCAGGACGUGUCUCAGCUCCUCUCCCAUGGCACUGAAACCAGAUGCUUAAAUGUCUGUCCCUCCACUAGACCAGGGGCUACAGGAAGGCAGAGGCCACGUCCUGUGCAUUUCUGUCCCCAGCCCUGUCCCUGGUAUGUAAUAGUGGCAAUAAUGACAACAGUUAACACCUACAGGCAUUCACUGAGUGGAAAGGAUGCAGGCUCUGGAGCCAGACUCCUGCAUUUGUUCAGACUCCAGCUCCGCCACUUACUAGCUGUGUGACCACAGGCAAGUUAUUUAACCUCUCUGGGCCUCCAUUUCCUCUUGCAAAAUGGGGGUUAUAAUAGUGUCAACCUCACAGGAGUCUUGUGAAAAUUAAGUGAGUUAAUAUAUAUAAAGCUUAGUCCCGUUCCCGGUACCAAGCGUUAGCUUUCCUCAUCAUCCUCAUCAUUAUUAGUUUUUAAAUAGAUGUUUAUUUUUUUAUAUCUUCAAAUUAAAAUUUUUGCGGCUUUAUUGAGUAUACUUGACAAAAUUGUAAGACAUUUAAAGUGUAUGUUGUGAUGAUUUGACAUAUGAUUACAUUGUGAAAGGAUUCGUCCCAUCUGGUUAAUUAGCAUAUCCAUCAUCCUCACAUAUUUUAUAUAUUUUUAUAUAUAUAUACAUGGUGUGUGUGUGUGUGUGUGUGUGUCUGAGAGAGAGACAGAGACAGAGAACAUUUGAGUUCUACUCUUAGCAAAUUUCAAUUAUGCAGUGCAGUGUUAUCAACUGUGGUUAACGAUUAUUCCUUGUUUACUAUGUACGAGGCACUGUACCGGAUGCUUUAAAUAAAUUAUUUCAUCCUCAGAACAGCGCUCUUUCUCAGGUGAGGAAACCUAAGGUUCAGAGAGGUUAAGUAACUUACCCAAGGUCCCAACAGCUUUUCACCUGGAAGCCCAGGUCCCAAGCCCAGGCGGCUGACUGCUCCGCCCAGGCGGGAGCUGUUUAUGCCUGGUCAGCAGCGCUGAGGGAAUGAAACCAAACCCAGGUUGGCCCGGCUUCCUUCUAAGGAAUCUCUUGUGUUUUCUUUGAAGACUCAACCACAGGAAUUAUCUCUUGGAGUCUCCUCACAAGUACAGUGUCGCAGACCUC